CUAUACAGGACCACCGCAGCCUACACUACUUUGUAUUCGUGCAUCUAGCUUAUUUUGCGAUGAAUUCCGCCUUGAAUCAGAACAACCUCCCUUGGAAUUGGAACGUCUAUUACUUCUUUUUGGUAAGGUAAAGCCAAGGCCCGUGAAUGUAGCAAAAAAUAACUCGAAAGCUACGAUCGGUGGCAGAUAUUCGCUGCUUCGCAACUUUUAUUAUCAGCACGAAGAUGUCUGGCUACUGCUCAGUGGCUUCCUGCUCGACUGUGUCGUUGUGAGCAUACCGCUGCCGAAAGAUCCACUUCUAUUUGUCAUGCAAUUAAUGAUGACAUUGAUCGAUGCUUAUGCUCGUCGGCGCUACAUUUAUUGGAUAAUUUACGGUUCAAAGAAUUCGCGUCUUUCUUGAUGUUGGCUAUCAUGUUUAUCACAGGCCACCAACUUUUAAUGAGCGCGUUGACUAUGCUUACUUCUGCAUUUUUGGCUAUCCACGCUACUAAGCGGAAACCACUCGUUCAAGAAAGUAUCAAAACAUCAUUAGCGGUCAUACUUUUUUUAACAGUAAUAGUUUUCGGAACUCAUCCUUUUACAGCUGUUAUUUACGCUAUACUCACGUCUGUCUUUAGCCCAUUCAGUGUACCAUGUUGUAUUUGAAGUUGUGGACGCUUACAUUCGAACAGCAAUAAUACUGCUGUAGCUGCCACCAAUUCAACAAAUUAGUUUACUCACGAAAAAAUGGCUGUUGACAUUACACCUGCUAAGGACGGAGGUGUUCUAAAGGAGAUUCUCAAGGAAGGUACUGGAACUAAAACUCCGCAAGUCGCCAGUCGUGUCAAGGUACAUUACACUGGAACUCUUUUGGAUGGAACGAAAUUUGACUCCAGCAGAGAUCGAAAUCAACCAUUUGAAUUUGAACUGGGACAGUCUCAAGUGAUUAAAGCAUGGGAUAUUGGUAUUGCAACUAUGAAGAAGGGUGAAGUUGCGGUUUUAACAUGUGCUCCAGAAUAUGCAUAUGGAAAACCUGGUAGUCCUCCAGCUAUUCCACCCAAUUCUACAUUGAAGUUUGAGGUUGAAAUGAUCGAUUGGGUUGGUGAAGACUUGAGCCCAGACAAAGAUGAAGGAAUCACAAGAGAGCAAAUUCAAGCUGGAGAAGGCUAUGCAAUACCAAAUGAAGGUGCUUUGGUUGACAUUCAUUUGACUGGAUAUUAUAAUGGCACUGUAUUCGAAGAUAGAGAUGUAAAGUUCACUAUUGGCGAAGGUGAAGCUGAGAGCAUAGUGAUGGGAGUAGAAACAGCAUUAUUGAAAUUCAAAAAGGGUGAAAAAUCUAAAGUCUGUCUGAAAAGUAAAUAUGCAUUUGGAGCUGCGGGCAAACCGGAGUACAAUGUUCCACCAAAUGCUGAUGUGGAAUUUAUUGUUGAAAUGAAAAACUUUGAAAAGGCCCCAGAUAGCUGGUCAUUAACUGGUCCACAAAAAAUAGAGCAAGCUAAAAUGUUUAAAGACAAAGGAACAAGCUAUUUUAAGGAUGGAAAGUACAGUUUAGCCAUAAAAAUGUACCAGAAAAUCAUUGAGUACACAAAUGAUGACUAUGAUUUCAAAGAAAAAAAAGAACUGGCAAAGAUGAGGGAUGAUUUGCUACUCUCUGCAAACUUGAAUCUUUCACUGUGCUUUUUGAAAACUAAUCAACCAUUUGAAGCUAAAGAAGCCUGCAACAAAUCACUUGAGUUAGAUCCAAAGAAUGAGAAAGCUCUCUUUAGAAGAGGACAAGCUCAUCUAGAACUAGCUGCACCAGAACUUGCUAUCAAAGAUUUUCAAGCAGUGGUUGCUGUUGAACCAAAGAAUACAGCAGCAGCCAAACAAAUUAUUGUUUGUAACAAUUUAAUCAAGAAAGACUUGGCUAAAGAGAAAAAGCUUUAUGCUAAUAUGUUUGAAAAGUUUGCAAAGGAGGAUCAACAGAAACUGGAAGAGGAGUUAAGCAAACUACCAGACGUCAUGCAUGGUACUCUUGGUGAAUGGGGACAAGAAGAGCGUCCAGGAGGUCGUGAUGCAACCGCUUUCGAGAAGGAGAAUCCCAAUAUUCUGAUGCUGAAUGCCAAUGGAACUGGAGAAUUCAAGAAUAUGUAAAUGUACAAAUUAUCUAGAUAUGAACUCUUGAGUAAUCUUGACAAAAACUGCAGCAGCAAUGUUUUUACAAACUUUUAGAUAUAGUCUUUCAUUAAGUCUAGUUAAUAUUUGUAAUUUUUUUUCUACAAAAAAUAAUGCAUUUUAAAGUGCCACUGAGGUAGUUAAAUUUACACAUAUUCAUCAAUCAUUCAAAAUAUGAAUAUCAAAAGAUUAAUUGUAGGCUCUAUGAAGAGCAAUAAUAAUUGUUAUAGUAUAGUAUCAAGUUUUUUUAAUCUGGUAUGAUGUUGAAGGUAAAAUUUAAGAGUAGUUUAAAAAUUAAACCUAUGAAAGUAUCUUGAAACGUUCGCAGUGUGAGCAAAAAAUAAAUUAAAUUAAAUGUUAAAUAAAGCCAACACAUGUGCAUAUAGGAAUACUAAUCAUGAAAAUUAGAAAUUUGUACAAUAUAGUUUCCUAUUGAUGUUGGGAACACUAGUCAAUUUUUGCACUUUUCUAUGUAUUUUCCAUGUUCUCAAAUGCCAUUCGCAUCAAUCAUAUUUAUCAUAAUUCAAAAACUACUGAUAUUUUGUACAGUAGUUUGACUGUUAUAUAUGUAAAAUGUAUCAAUGUUUUACAAAAUGAAAUAAAUGUUACGCGUAUGAAAGUCAUUUGAGUCAUUGAGAGGAAAUUGAUACUUCACGAGUAUAUUAGACUGCAUAUAAUUCACAUCAUCGUAUAAAUUUUGUUAACUAUAUGAUUUAUUUGAUUUUCAUUCCAUUAUUUUGUGUGGCUUAUUAACGUGCCAAUCUUGUAGCAUUUGUAAACAUUUUGGUAAUACAUUUCUAUUAAAAUAAAA